GUGGUUUUGCAAGACAGAGAGAGAAUCCAAAAUGUCUCUAAAAUACGUUGAAAAAUUCAGUUUUAAGUUUCUUCAGAAUGCUUUAUCUGUUAAUGCUUUCACUUUUCCUUUUCACCUUCAUACCCAUUCCUUUCUUCCUUUCCCAUCACUGCCACCUACUCACACUCACCCUCGCUUUCGACCACGCACAACCGUAUUCUCCGCCGUGAUGGCGGAGCAGUCACCUGCGCCGCCGGUGAGAAUGGUAGCUGUCGCUGGUCACGGAGCUGUCAGCCCUCUUAAGCCCGCAUCCUGGGAAGAAGUCAUGCUUCACACCGCAAAGAGACUGAAAUGGGUUGAUGAAGGGUAUGAGCUUCUUGUAUUUACUGAUGAAUGUAUUGUAUCUAGCGGUGAAAUGUCCACGAGACUUCAGAAAGAGUUACGGGAUGCGGAUAUAUUGGUGAUUAUUGCUGUUACAAACAAGGAAUCAGUUGAGUGGAUUAAUAACAACAGCAAAACUAUUGAAAAUGUAAUAUGUCUUGACUCUUCAUCGGAUUUGAAGAACAGAUUAGGAGGCUAUGAUGUUCCCAGUGGAGUGAGAGGUGGUAUAAGUUUAUUUGGAACUUUUCAAUCUGAUAAAGCUAAAGAAUCCUAUGAAGUAGUGCAGACAGUAUCUGAAGCAUGGGAUCGACAUAAUUCUGAUGAUAUAAGGUUCUGUUUGCUGGUAAUAAUCAAUGCAUAUAUAAGGCCCGUUCCAGUAUUGAAUAAUUUGAGAGCUAAAGGUUUUUCUACCCUAAACUGUAUGUUGAGGAACUGUGGUCGCCAGGUACUUAAUUGCUUGUUGGAUCCCAAUUGUAGAAAGGCUCUUCAAUGCUUGAAUCAGUGUAGCCCUGUUGAUCAAGUAUGUAACUAUAGGUGUAUUGCUUCAUAUGAAAGUGCAAAUCUAGAAGCCUUUUCACUAUGUGUAUUACAGAAAAAUAACUGUCUUGGGUUGGAAGCAGAAAUCCCUGAAAAACCAUGUGUGCCUCCAAUGGUGAAGUUUCGGGGGCAGAACUUAAGUUAUGAAAUGGCAGAAGAUCUGUUUGUGGGAUGGUUGGGGAGUUUGCAGUGGAGCUGGCGUGUGGUAGCAGGGCAGAAUCCAGCAUAUGAUCAAUUUCCAUGCCAAUACCAACUAUUCUAUAGGGGAAAGGCAAAAGGGUCAUUCUGGUAUGAACCAGUAUUCCAGGUAAGAACAUUGGAAGGUCAAAUGGUCUGGAGGAGGAGAAAAUAUAGGGUGAGAAGGGGCAAGGUACCUGGCACAUUCUAUUUCAGUGUAUUAGACAACGGAGUUGUUUCAAAUGAGUUUUGGACAAUUGUGGAUGUAGCUGAAAAUCUUAGUUGGGGAUUGUUCCAUUAUCAUGGGGCUGCUAGAGUUGCAGGGCAGUCUUAUACUGGAGCAGUACUUGUGAGUCCAGAUGGAGCAUUUCCAACUGACAGAGAGAGGACAAAGAUUGUUGCUGCACUAGACAAGUGUGAAAUUAAAGAGUGGGAGCUAUAUAAUGUUGAUAAUUGUUCAUGCAUAGAUCCUCCCCUGGGAAUUCCAGAGGGUUCUAGUUUACACACUCUAGUCCAAAUUGAAGAUCCAAAGCAGAUGUCUGUCUGAUUGUUGUGCCAAAUCAAUAGGAAUGCUAAUCUUCUCAAUCCAGUUAUGUUUUGCACAUCUCCAGAUUCUAUAUUCAAAGGAAGUCGAUUGGUUCUGUCGCUUGUCAAUAUCAGUGUAUAAAUUUCUCAAGGUUCUAUCAUCUUGAGUUACAGAAUAUGUAUAUUUGAAAACAAUAUCUGAAAAAACGUUAAAAAGUAAAAGAAUAAAAGGCCAGAGGUUUGUGGGUCAA